GCUACGUAACCGUGCACCUGCGAAUCGAUGCGUUGGCCCGUCGUGUGGUGCGUGACCUUGUCGUUGUUGGAUCAAAUAUGGUCCGCAAUGGAUUUGUGUGGGUCUUGCUCUGGUCAUGGCACUUGCACGUCCGCUACUCGUAUCUGCAAUUGCAUGCGAGGGUAUCAAGGCCACCAGUGUGAACUACGGAGCUGUCCAUUGGGCAUUGCUUGGGCGGACUAUGCUGUAGCCAAUGACUCCGCCCAUCAGUUGGCCACAUGUUCCAAUAUGGGAUUGUGCGAUACGACCACUGGAUUGUGUACUUGCAACGCCGGCUUCGAAGGUCCUGCUUGUGAAGUCAUGUCGUGUCCUACAUGUGUAUACGGCCGAUGUGUGACAAUGCGCGAGGCAGCAAUAGCCCAAGACGACUACAAUUUCUUUACGGCUACGACUUAUGCGUUGUGGGAUGCAGACAAAGUCCGGGGGUGUCAAUGUAACUAUGGCUUUGAAGGCUACGAUUGCUCUCUACGAAAGUGCCCCAUUGGCGACGACCCCCGGACUAUGGGUCAACCAGCCGAAGUACAGCAGCUCAGCUGCUUGUGCAACGGAUGUACAGGCUCGUUUGCGCUGUCAUAUCAGGGUUUUUACACCAGCAACAUCCUGCCUUCAGCAACGCCAGCUACGCUUGCUGCAGCCCUCAACGCCCUACUUCCAAUUCGUGGAGUCUCUGUAACAUUGUCUGGUGUUGGCUCAUCUAUCUGUGACUCGGACGGCGCCGUGACGUCGAUCACAUUCACGUACAACGGAAGCAAGGUACCGCCGCUUCGAGUGACAAGCAUGCUCAGUGGCGGCCCGUCUGAAUCGGCCGUUUCAGUUCAAUAUGGUGGCGCCACGGGAUUGUACGAUGGCGUGCCCGCUACAGUCGUUCGAACAACCCUGGCAUACCCUUGCUCCAGUCGCGGGCAAUGCGACAGCUCGUCUGGGUUGUGCACUUGUUUGCCUGGGUAUGGGGAUGGCGACGGAGCGGGACAAGCUGGAACCAUCGCCAAUUGCGGAUUUGGUUCGGCCAAUACGUGUCCGGUGGUGAACGCGCUUACGUGCAAUAAUCAAGGCGUGUGUAACCCUGGCACCCUCUACAAAUGCAUUUGCAGCGCUGGGUUUACAGGGGUCGACUGCACCUUGAUGAUUUGCCCCAGUGGCGUUGCCUGGUUCGACGAAGCCUCGGCCCCAGACACUGCUCACGCCCCUGCCAUCUGCUCAAACAAAGGCACUUGCAACUACGCGUCGGGACUGUGUAUUUGCCAAGCAGGAUUUUCCGGACCCGCAUGUGAAAUCAUGGAUUGCCCUGGAGGCUUAACUCCGUGCAGCGGCCAUGGCACGUGUGCCACCAUGCAGCAAUUGGCAUCCCUAUCGAAGGGAAGCAACGGGGUACUUCAAGGUCUUUCCUAUGGGAAUACUCCCACCCCGUCAACAUGGGAUUCCAAUAAGAUUCAAGGGUGUGUGUGCUCCGAGAAUGUAUACAUGGGGCCAUACGUGGCCGAAAUGAACAAUUAUCAAGCGUACGACUGCUCGGAACGAACGUGUGUCAAAGGAUCCGAUCCAUUCGAACGAAAUACCGUCGACGAACAACAAACGGUCACAUGUUUUGGGGACGGGGGGACGUUCACUCUGUCGUUUCGGCAAUUUACCACCGCCCCAAUUGCAACGUCGGCCACGUCGUCCGCCGUGGUCAUAGCGCUGCAAGCUCUGCCUUCCGUUCGAUCUGUCCAAGUCUCAUUUUCGUCUGGAAGUAGUGUGUGCAGUGUCACAGGCGUGGUGUCCACGGUGCGGUUCACGUAUGCGAAAGGCGCGUUGCCGCUUAUGACGGCAACCACCACGAGUUUAACUAGAUCGAGUGGGGGGGCGCCAGGUAUCACUGUGGGAAGAACUGUGACGGGGUCCAAAUCAAACGCCGAGUGCUCCCGACGGGGCUUGUGCCAUCGCGAUACCGGCCGAUGUGCAUGCUACGAUGGGUUUUUAAGCUCCGAUGGCGACGGCAACAUUGGCAUUCGCGCCGACUGCGGCUAUUCCUCCAUGGCAAAGUAAUCACAGAAGGGUAGUAGAUAAAACUCAACAAGACUGUGUACUACGUCGU